GCCUUGUGCCGCCGGACAGGGACGCGCCCCCGCGCCUCGGACUCCUCUCGCCGUCCUUCGCCCGGACCGCAGGCAGCUUCAUGGCCCUCCGCCUCGCCGCCGCCCUCCCCCCCUGCCUCCUCCUCCUCCUCCUCCUCGGCGCCCCGCCGGCUGAGCUGGCGGGGGUCUUCGAGCUCCAGGUCCAUUCCUUCACAACAAGUAACCCCCAGAAAUUCUGCCAUGGGGCUCAACCCUGCCACCUCUUCUUCCGCGUCUGCCUCAAGCACGCCCAAGCCGUGGUGUCCCCGGAACCCCCCUGCACCUUCGGGGCAGCCCUGAGCAACAUCGUCCCUGCCGAUCGAGACAUGGUGGCUACCAGUGGGCUCAUCCGUGUGCCCUUCCACUUCAAGUGGCCGGGCACCUUCUCCCUUAUUAUCGAAUCUUGGAGGGCUGAAUCAGGGGAGCCGUCCACAGAAGAUGCCCAGAGGCUGAUCAGCCGUUUGGCAACCCGCCGUCGCUUGGCAGUCGGCGAGGACUGGUCGCAAGACGUGCAGCUCGGGGACCAGAGUGAGCUGCGGUACUCCUACCACGUCACCUGUGACGAGCACUACUAUGGGGAAAGCUGCUCUGACUACUGCCGGCCACGAGAUGACCCCUUUGGCCAUUACACCUGUGAUGAGCUGGGCAGCCGGAUCUGCCUGGCGGGCUGGCAAGGCAACUACUGCUCUGAACCCCUCUGCCUGCCCCAGUGCAGCCGCAGCCACGGCUACUGCGAGAAGCCCGGCGAGUGCAAGUGCCGGAUCGGCUGGCAGGGCCCCUCCUGCGACGAGUGCGUCCGCUACCCCGGCUGCCUGCAUGGCACCUGUGCCCAGCCCUGGCAGUGCCACUGCCGGGAGGGCUGGGGCGGGCUCUUCUGCAACCAGGACCUCAACUACUGCACCAACCACCGCCCCUGCCAGAACGGGGCCACCUGCACCAACACGGGCCAGGGGAGCUACACCUGUGCCUGCCCGCCCGGCUUUGUGGGGACGAGCUGCGAGGUGGAGGUCAACGAGUGCGACAGCAGCCCCUGCAGGAACGGAGGCAGCUGCAGUGACCUGGAGAAUGACUACAAGUGCACCUGCCCGCAAGGCUUCUACGGCAAGGACUGUGGAAUCAGCGCCAUGACCUGUGCAGAUGGGCCCUGCUUCAACGGGGGGACCUGCGCAGAGAAACACACGGGGGGUUACACUUGCCGCUGCCCUCUGAACUACCAUGGGUCCAACUGCGAGAAAAAGAUAGAUCGGUGCAGCAACAACCCCUGUGUGAACGGUGGUCGCUGCCUGGACCUUGGCCGCAGCAUGGUCUGUAAGUGCCGCCCAGGGUUUGCCGGCUCCCGCUGCGAGCUGAACAUUGACGACUGCGCGGGCAACCCCUGUGCAAAUGGGGGCACCUGCAUCGAUGGCCCCAACAGCUACUCCUGCUCCUGCACCCUGGGCUACGGGGGGAAGGACUGCGGCGUGCGCAUGGAUGCUUGCAGCUCUGGCCCCUGCCUGAACAGCGGCACGUGCUACACGCACUUCUCAGGCCACGUCUGCGAGUGUCCGGCUGGCUACAUGGGCUCCCGCUGCGAGUUCAGAGUGGAGCUGCCCACGCCCGUCAGCAGCAGCCAGUGGGCGGCCGAGGGACCCCUCCCCACGGCCCUGGCGGCCGCCUCUGCGCUGGGGCUCUCGACGCUGGUGCUCGCGGCCUGCGCCAUCCUGGCUGUGCUCCGGCACCUGAGGCGCGGGCCCCACGCUCUGAAGAGCCGCGUCCGCAACGACCUGGCCACGGUCAACAAUUUCAGAGAGCGGGACGGUGGUCUCGUCUCCCCCGGCUGCUUUAGAGUGUCGAACGAGGAGCCCCGGUUCCACGGCGACCAGGUCAACUGUAAGAGGAAGCUGCUCGAUCAGAGUUACGAGUCCAUCUGCAAGAAGCUGGAGAACAAACGGUCGGAGCCCAGCUGGCCUGCUGCUGCGGAGGGUCCCAAGGCCAGCGCCUACCACCCGAUCUACGUCAUCCCUGGCCAGGUGGAGCCCUGCAUUUAUGCCACAGAGGUAAUGAUCCUGUGCUCCCUUUGGGGCUUUGAGAGUCUCUCGAGACUGAUGCCCGCCUUUCAAGGUAGGCUAAAGAGAAAGAGACCCUGCAGGGAUUCCGGGAACACACCUUUAAUGUUGCGGGAUAUGAUAACAGGAACUGGAAAGCCCAUCGGAGUGUCUGUCUGUCCCCUCCCACACUAAACAAACCAAGGCAAGGUGGCUGUGAGCGUCUCUCUCAGGCUUCCUUCAGGCUCUGAACUGUGUAAUCUCUUCUCUGAGUCCCUCUUCAGCAGCUCUUU